UAUUUAGAUUUACUGAAGGCAGUAUCAUUCCGUAAAAAAAAAUGAAAAUCGUUCAGUAAUAAAAUUUUUUUUUUUGAUAACGCGUUUGGGUACAAAAUUCUUUGAAAUGCAGUUUCUGAGAAAGGGCUUCUGUCAGCUUCAGAUGGUGAUGGUACAGAGGAGUCCACCUUCGCAGAUACCAGAAACUGUCUCUAGCAUUGGCUCUUCGAACAUCCUAAUCUCCAAGCGUGGUUUGGAUACUUUGUAUCAGUCAGAGACAUGUGAAGAUUGCGCAGAGUCGUACAAAACAUCUCCGGUCCGAGAAGACAUCAAGAAAAUUGAAGAGCCGGAUCGCUUUGCAAACAAGGAUCCAUGCUGGCAAUCGCUUCGGCGUACGGAGUACAAGUGCCGCACUGAUCCAGAGUUUUUGGUAGAUACGUUCAUUGAUGCAAGGAAGAAAUGUCUAGGAAACCUCUGUGCAUGGGAUGCUCCUCGCUUAGAUUUGACCCACUAUAAGCCGUCCGACAAGUUGAUGCGCAAGUAUCCACGCACUUGGAAUAAGUGUGUGAUGAAGCAGCGCAAGGUUAAGUUGCAGUGCGUCAGCGAGCCCGCUACACCCGAGCGGCGCACGAUUGAUCGUACACGCAAGACUUCGUCCUGUGAAAAGCCACCUUGUGCCCCAGGGUCCCCACAGUUAAACCUACGGACAUGCAAAACCAAGAAAAAAACGUCAUGUCCACGUGUAACAAUGCCUUUUUGUAAGACGAGCGCUGUUCCACCCACGUGCAAGGCGGGCGCCAGAGGGCCAAAAAAGUGCCGCAAGCGUUUAACCAAGUAUCCUGCUUUUUCAGAGUGUCUCAUAGACCCAUUGCUGAUCCCUCUGCCUAUCGAAUGCAACUGCUCUAAGACUCCACCAAUGUGCAAAGUUUGGGAAUACUACCGCAACAAAAAAUCUUAGACAAAUCGGAGCUUUAGAUGGCGUAUCCACUUAAAUUACGCACAAAUAUUUCAUAAUAUCAAUAUGCCAUAAAUAAAACUUUGCCGAGCAACACAACUUUAACGUUCUAAUACCCAGAAACCGAUUGAAAAUUGAGAAAAAGAACGUCUGGUAUCUCUUCUACUACGUCGAUAUCGGGAGCCAUGAAAUGCAGAAGGAUCUUGUUAUUCCCAUUUUAACAUCGGAGAGAAGUCGAAAUUGGUUUAUAGGUUCUUAAAUAUAAUGUAUAUUUGACUUUUUGUAUACCUCUGCCCUUUUCACCAAUAAUUGAAAAUUCCCUUUUGAUAGGGGAGGAUUUUCACAAAUCGCCUUUAA